UUUUAAAAUUCCUAGGAUGGAAUAGUUGUGUUUGGCCUGCCUGUGUUUAUGGAAGUACUGCAGAAAAAUUUCAAAAAUUAAAAGCGAUUCGAGGUUCGUCAUUUUAAAGCUCCUAGGUUGGAGUAGUUGUGUUUGGCCGCACGCUGUGCCAGCCUGUGCAGCGCAGACACGGAGCUGGCUGUUGUGGGCUCGCCCAUGAGCUUUGCCCUCUCCUGCAGCAACUGCCCACACAUUUCCUUUUUAUGCAUUUACAGUUGAAAACAGAGAUAUUGCAGCUUUUAGGGUAUUGUUCAGGUUUCAACGGAUGCUGGUUUUGCAGUUUCACAGCAGGCCACGUAUCUUGUCUUUAUUUUUUCCCUUUUUAAACAAAAAUGCAUUUGGGUAACAAUGAAAGAUAAUAUAUUGUUUCAAAGGAAUUUAGUGAUAUAUUUCAUUUUGUCCAAAAGGAACACUUUCUGGAAGGCAUGUGCAUGUUGGGUGUCUGCAUGACAGGCGUUGGUGGAUCUUGACAUGACCCUGAGCAGUGUCUGACUCAGCUUGCCUGGGAAGCAUUGUGCCUUGUGGCAUGGCUGUGUUUGAUUCCCACUUGUGUUUUGUAGAGCUGGAAAAGGAACGAAACCGAGGCAUUGGGAAGCCGCUCCUGGGAGGGCCCUUCUCCCUCGUCAGCCACGAGGGACAGCCCAGGACCAGCAAGGACUACAUUGGCCAGUGGGUGCUGAUCUACUUUGGCUUCACUCACUGCCCUGACAUCUGCCCUGAUGAGCUGGAGAAAAUGAUUGCAGUGGUAGAUGAAAUUGAUCGAAUUCCAUCUUUGCCUAAUCUGACCCCACUCUUCAUCACCAUCGAUCCUGAGAGGGACAACCAAGAAGCCAUUGCCAGAUAUGUUAAAGAAUUUUCUCCCAAGCUGGUGGGAUUGACUGGUAGCAAGGCACAGAUUGACCAAGUGGCUAAAGCGUACCGUGUGUACUACAGCGAAGGGCCCAAGGAUGAGGACAACGAUUACAUAGUGGAUCACACAAUAAUCAUGUACCUCCUCGGCCCCGAUGGUGACUUUGUGGACUACUAUGGCCAGAGUAAGAAGAGUACUGAGAUUUCAUCUUCUAUUGCUGCACACAUGAGAAAAUACAGAUCCUAAAACAGAAGGUCCUCAAAGAUUGCCGUGAAUGUCACCUGUGGGUUUGGCUGUGAUUGGACACUGGAGUUAAAGCAGAAGCACACAAGUGUAACAUCCCAUCAAGCCGGUCUCCUUCCAAAUAAGAAAGGUUAUUCAUGUUUCUGCAAAUUCCCAUUACCAAAAAUCUCUACAGAGCCUUCCCCAUGGAUACAAUUUCCAACAAGAUCUUGGGUGCAGAAUAAAAUUUGGGACUUGUCUGAAACAGUGCUGGGAGCAAAGGAUGGAAAGCACUUUUUACUUGAAAAGAACGUGUGUGUUGCUGGGAAAAUACUGCUGGUAAAAAAAAAUUGCUGGUCUGGCAAGGACAGCAGCCACUGCAGGAGCAUUGCUUGAUGCAAAGCCAUUACUGGAUGGGGCCAUGGCAUUCUCAGAGGAGCUCUGCCCUCUGGUUUCUCUGCACUGUUUUGCCUUCUAGGAGAGGCAGCUGCACUAUUAGAAGCAGGGGAGCCUUAAGAGUGCUUCUUUAUCCAGGUUAAGAAGGUGAAGAGCAUUGAAAGCACCAGCUGCUUCCAUGCAUGGGACCAGCCCUGUAGCAAGCCUGUUCUUUUCAUCUGAAUGCAGAAAUGAGAUGUAUUUUUUGUGGUUUUUCCAGGUGAACACUGUUCACUUAUAAGGAGAAGAGAAUUGGGAUGCAAAUAGCUUUUUCUUCUGGUGCAAAUGAUGGUGUGUGUAGUUGCUCUGCUUGUGCUAGGGGAAGUGGGGAGGGUGAAGGGGGGCUGUGUCAUGCACAGGGCUGGCAAUCAGAUACAUUUUAUGCAAUGCAGCAUUUGAAAAUAAAGAUUGAUUUGUAUAAAAAAUA